UGUACACACAGUGAAAGUUGAGCAAAUAAUGGUAUGCGACGUGAUAUACAUUACUAAAGACAUGACAUAUCGGGAAAUGAAGGAAAUUCUGCAAAUGGCGCCACAUCUUAGAAGUUUCCCAAUCGUCACUGAUCGUGGUAAGCCUUUGCAGAAGUACACUCUGCGACUAAAAAGCAAGAUUUUACUUGGAUCCGUAGCAAAGAGGUAUCUAACAAUGUUGUUACGACGGCAUGUGCUGGUCACUCAACAGGAGAGUCGCACAAGUGCUCGCAUGACUCCAGCUGACAUUUUCAACACAAUCAGGCGAACGAGUAUGAGGCUGUCCAAGCGAUCGUCAACCCGUCGAUCGAAGGAUUCUCGUGAGAACGACAGCACGAAGAGCGAUCCCGAUCAAUUAGAAGUUGUCACUGAUCGAACCUACAGUGGCAACACUCUACUGUCAAUUUCUCCACUUCAUGCUCCAAAUUCUGUCCCGUUGCAAGCGGUGUUUACUCGACCAUCGUCUUCCGAGUUACUAAAGGUGCACACGUUAUUCAGUCUUCUCGGACUCUCACAUGCUUACGUAACCGAUUGCGGUAGACUUGUUGGAGUAGUUGGUUUGAAAGAGCUACGGGAUGCACUGGCAAAUAUC